AAAUAUUGGCAUUUACAGACAAACACGUUUGCAAAUAGAAAGUUAUGCAACUAUUUGCCUGGAUACGAGAAUAAAAAAAUUGUACUUUUGAAAUUUGACGGAUAUAUUUGCGAAUAUGCCUGACGACACGUUGAAGAAGGAGAUUUUUCUCUUGAUAUCUGGACAACUGGUGUAGGUUACGUGACAUUUGUUAGCGCAUGCUACUAUAUCUAGGCAGACGAAACAAUAUGACAACGACAACCAACUAAUUAUGCACUAACUUCAUUGUCUGAGGUCUUUUUGAAUGCAGCUUGUAAGGUAGCCAAAUAAUUAUGAAACAACUUAUGAAUUUAUCUCAUUUAUUUUUCUCUAACAAACGUUUAACACCUGUCAGGUGUUUACAAGCCAGGUUGUGUUGUAGUUCAAGCAGUGUAGUUACUCCAAAGGAAAAGCGGGGAGCAUUGAGCCUUUUUAAAACCCAAAUAUCAUCUGGUCCAAGUUUUCAUGAUUUCAUCCGUGGACUCCCAGGUAGUAACACAACAAAUACUUCAGGCAUAGACAUAGAGUACAACCACGACUAUCUUUCUGCAGACAUGGUGCUGGGAAAUUCGCGAAAGGUCUAUUUUGAAACCUAUGGAUGUCAAAUGAAUGUAAAUGACACGGAUAUCGCCUGGUCCAUACUGCAGAGGAAUGGAUAUCAACGUACAGCAUAUAUAAGCGAGGCUGAUGUGGUCCUUCUUGUAACAUGCUCCAUAAGAGAAAAAGCCGAGCAGACAAUCUGGAACAGACUACAACAACUGACUGCCAUGAAGAAUAAGCGCCUUAGGAGUCGGACCCCAAUGAAAAUUGGCAUCUUAGGUUGCAUGGCAGAGAGACUGAAGACCGAGCUUUUGGAACGGGAAAAGCUUGUAGAUGUUCUCGCUGGGCCAGAUGCCUACCGUGACCUUCCCCGUCUGUUGUCUCUGGCUGAGGGAGGUCAACAGGCAAGCAAUGUUCUGCUUUCAUUGGAAGAGACCUACGCUGACAUCAUGCCUGUCCACCACUCUCCUCAAGGACACAGUGCCUUUGUGUCUAUCAUGCGGGGCUGUGAUAAUAUGUGCAGUUACUGCAUUGUUCCCUUCACCCGGGGACGCGAAAGGAGUCGCUCGGCCAGCUCUAUAAUUGAGGAAGUUCGUAUUCUUUCUGAUCAGGCAAUGAAGGAAGUGACAUUGCUUGGUCAGAAUGUAAACAGUUACAGAGAUACAUCUGAAGAACAGUUCUGUGGUGCCACUCCAACCAAGCUGAGCCGUGGCUUUAAGACGGUAUACCGCCCAAAACUGGGAGGUUUGCGUUUCUCCGACCUGUUGGACAAAGUGUCACAGGUCAAUCCCAACAUGAGGAUAAGAUUCACAUCACCCCAUCCUAAAGACUUCCCUGAUGAGGUUUUGCAUCUGAUUGCAGAGAGAAAAAACAUUUGUAAACAGAUCCAUCUUCCAGCUCAGAGUGGGAGCAGUCGGGUCUUGAAAGCUAUGCGCCGUGGGUAUACAAGAGAGACAUACCUCGAAUUGGUACAAAACAUCAGGAAUAUUAUUAAAGAUGUAAGUCUCAGCAGUGACUUCAUCUCAGGCUUUUGUGGCGAGACAGAAGAAGAUCACCAGCAGACCUUGUCCCUCAUCAGAGAAGUUGGCUACAACAUUGGGUUCCUUUUUGCCUAUAGCAUGAGAAAGAAAACUCAUGCGUUCCAUUCCCUUAAAGAUGAUGUGGCACCGGAUGUGAAGCAACGUAGGCUGGAGGAGUGUAUUAGUGUGUUCAGAAAGGAAGCUGCGAGGGUCAACGCUACUCUCAUUGGAAGCACACAACUCGUCCUAGUGGAGGGGGAGAGUAAGAGAUCUGCCAAGGAGCUGUGUGGAAGAACAGAUAGCAAUAUGAGAGUCAUCUUUCCUAGAAAGAAUGUUGCUGUUCAUUCUGCAGAGUCCAACAUGGAUGCAAUAAUGGCUGGAGACUUUGUGCUUGUGAAGAUUUUGUCCGCCAGCUCUCAGAGUUUGCGGGGUCAAGCCCAGCAAUUAGUGUGACGAACAUUUUCUUACCCAACCAUGACUGCCACAUGAUGUUGAUCUGCACUGUUGACAUCUCAGGAAUCAAACUACAGUAUGUCAAAAUAUUGUCAUCAUUUCAGCCAUUUUAGUCACUCAGUCACCGUGUUUGUCUUGAUGAAAAAACAGAACUCGUCCUAUGCACAGGUUGUUAUGUAAUGUAUGUUAUCAUCAUUAGAUUUUUUUAAACUAUUGAGUUAAUAAACUUAAGUACAGUAUAGAAACAUUUGGUUUGUGUCAUUUUGACGUUCAAAUGUUUAUUAAAGGGCAUUAGAAUUUAUUUGAAAAG